CCUCAUUAAAACCUCUUCACCCUCUGCGUUUCUUCUUCAUCAUUCCACUAUCUUUAUCUAUCUUGGGUUUUCUUGAGGAAAGAACUCCAGAGAGAUAGAAAUGGUGAAAUUUUCGAAGCUACUUGAAGCCCAAUUGAUUCCAGAAUGGAAGGAUGCGUUUGUGAAUUACUGGCUGCUAAAGAAAAACGUGAAGAAGAUUAAGCUAUCAAGGAACAGUAAACUACUGGAAAUCCAAAAGGAGCAUGAGUAUGGGUUCUCCAUCUUGGACCCCAUACGCUGCAUUGUCAAGAAACUUUCAAACCGAUUUGACAGCGGUGGCAAGAAUAGCGAGAUACUUCAGGUGAAGAACAGUAACAGAGGAGGGGGAGACGAUGAAGAUGUCUAUCAAACAGAGCUUGUACAGCUCUUUUCUGAAGAGGAUGAGGUUUCUUGUUAUGAAAAGGUGAAGGAGUUCUUCAUGAAAUUGGAUGAAGAACUGAACAAAGUGAACCAAUUCUACAAAACUAGAGAACGUGAGUUCGUCGAGAGAGGAGAAAUCUUAAACAAACAACUCCAAAUCCUCCUCGACCUCAAGAAAAUCCUUAAUGAUCGUCGCCAGAGAGAUAUCCAAUCCAAAUUGGAUUCCGGGACUCUCGAACGCUCUAACUCGUCCGGCCGGUGCUCCGAUUGUUCAGAGAGUGCGGGGGAAUUGGAUGAGACAUCAUCAGAGGGUCCAUCUCCGGAUGAAGUAAUGGUUGCAAUUGAAAGAAAUAGGGUGAACUUUAUCGGUGCAACGACGCGGACUAAGACAAAGAAAGGGAAGCCCAAGAUGGCAAUGAGGAUCGAUAAGACAGCCGCAACACUCACAAGCUCGAUCUCAUCAAUCACUUCAAUGCUUUGGGAAGAUCUAAUUACUAAUCCUAAGAAGGAAAGUCUUGGAGUAGUUGGAGAUCUCAUUAACGAGAAGAAGAUCCAAUCAGCAGAAAAGAUGAUUAGGGGAGCCUUUGUGGAGCUUUACAAAGGGCUUGGACUCCUCAAGACUUACAGCUCAUUGAACAUGUUGGCUUUCACCAAAAUACUCAAGAAGUUCGAUAAGGUAGCAAACCAACAAGCAUCAGAUAAUUAUUUGAAAGUAGUGAAGAGAUCUCAUUUUAUCAGCUCCGACAAGGUAGUACGAUUAACAGAUGAGGUGGAGUCCAUCUUCACAAAGUACUUCGCCAGCAAUGAUAGGAAGAAAGCAAUGAAGUUCUUGAGACCCCAACUACAGAAAGAUUCUCACAUGGUCACAUUUUUCACAGGUAUUUUCACUGGUGGUUUCGUGACACUCUUUGGUGUCUACGCGAUAUUGGCGCACUUGUCGGGAAUAUUCUCCGAUGGUGGAUACAUGGAAACCAUCUAUCCUGUUUUCAGUAUGUUUGCUUUGCUAAGCUUGCACAUGUUUAUGUACGGGAGCAACCUUUUCAUGUGGAAGAACACAAGGAUCAAUUAUAACUUCAUAUUUGAGUUUUCUCCAACCACUGCUCUCAAGUACAGAGAUGCUUUCUUGAUCUGCACCUCCUUAAUGACUGCAGUUGUUGGUGCCAUGGUUAUCCAUCUCCUCUUAAGAUCCACUUCUUUCUCAUCAACUCAAGUUGAUGCCAUUCCUGGAGUUCUUUUUCUUUUCUUUAUAGGCUUGCUCAUAUGCCCAUUCAACAUUUUCUACCGAUCAACCCGCUACUACUUCAUUCGAGUUAUCCGUAACAUCAUAUCCUCUCCAUUUUGCAAGGUUAUAAUGGUAGACUUCUUCAUGGCUGACCAAUUGACUAGCCAGAUUCCAUUGCUAAGGCAUAUGGAAUCUACAGCUUGCUACCUACUUGCAGGUAGCUUUGAAACUCAUAGAUAUGAGAUCUGCCACUCUAGCAAGUUAUAUAGGGAGCUUGCUUAUGUUAUAUCAUUUGCACCAUACUAUUGGCGUGCUAUGCAGUGUGCAAGAAGAUGGUUUGACGAAGGCGACGUAAACCAUCUAGCGAAUUUGGGGAAGUACGUGUCCGCCAUGGUGGCAGCCGGUGCAAGAUUAACAUUUGGCAUGCAACCUACCCUACUAUGGAAGGUCAUUGUGAUAGCUACUUCUUCUAUAGCAACAAUCUAUCAGCUAUAUUGGGACUUUGUUAAGGAUUGGGGGUUCCUCAACCCAAAAUCAAAGAACCCUUGGCUUAGGGAUGAGUUGAUCUUGAAGAACAAGAGCAUCUACUAUGUGUCCAUUGUGAUAAAUUUGGUCCUAAGACUAGCUUGGGUGGAGACUGUGAUGCAUUUUAGUCUGGGAUCAUUAGUUGAGUAUCGGUUGCUAGACUUUUCCUUGGCUUCACUUGAGAUAAUUCGGCGUGGGCAUUGGAAUUUCUACAGGUUGGAGAACGAACAUUUGAACAAUGUAGGAAAGUUCAGGGCAAUAAAGAAGGUUCCUUUACCAUUCCGCGAGACAGAUUCAGAUGAUUGAAACCAUUAGAUGUAGACAAUUACACACAAGAAAAGGCAAUUAACUUAUGGGGGUAUAUUUUCUUUCAUAAUGCCACUGCUUUCAACUCAACUCAACUUAACUCAGCCUUACUUCAACUAAUUACUAAAUAGGGUUGGCUACAUGGAUCCUCUUUUGCUAAUCAAAUAAUGCCAAACACUAUCCUCUGCUCCUCUUUUGUCUGAUUCGAUGGAGAGUUGAACCAUAUGGUCCCUAAUGUUUAGUGAAAAAAAUGGGCUAUACCAUUGUGAUAUCUUUUGUACAUUUGAUCAUUUCUUGAUGAUUUAAAUGUAACUGCUAAUGUUCAAUGUUCAAGGGGAAGUGUUAUACUAAGAAUUCAAGUGAUUAUUUCUA